AAAAAGAGAGUGUGGAGGGACUGGGAUUGGCCUGGCCUGGCAGAGGUGCAGGACUCAGGUAGGAAUGCUCUCACCAAUGGAAGCAGGGAGUCAGGCGGCACAAGCCCUGCGGGGUGGGCUGUGAAGCCCCGGUCCCACCGCUCCUGCAGCUUGCUGCCAGCCCUGCCCCGUGGGCUGCUCUAAACCUGAAACUGGGGUAGCUGGCUGGAGUCUGUGACCUCUGACCCCAAUAUGACCUUUGACCCCUGCUUCACCAGCCCCCGCACUGUGACCUCUAUCCCUUCCUUCCUUCAGGGACCUGAUUUCCCAUCGCCUUCUGUCCCGCUAAAGGGUUCAGAUCCUGAGGAGGCGUCCCAGGCCCAGGAAGACCCUGGCCAAGGAGACCUGCAGGUCUGUGCCGAGAAGGCGGACCCGGAGCUGGAGCCCGCGUCGAGGGGAGGGCAGGAGCCGCGGCCCCCGCAAGCCCAGGUAGGCGGGAGUGGCCCGCGGCUGCUCUCAAGAUCCGGAGCGGAUUCCGGGCGGGUAGCGCUCCUGCCCAGGGCUGCGAGCCUCCCGCGACCCAGGGCGCUCGGGGCAGGGGCGGGGAAAGAAGGGGCGCCCCGUCACUUGCCCCCUCUGCAGACCAAGGCCGCGUCCCAGAUCCUGGAGAACGGGGAGGAGGCCCCGGGGCCGGACCCCUCACUCGACCGCAUGCUCAGUAGCAGCUCCUCCGUGUCCAGCCUUAACUCCUCCACGCAGAGCGGCAGCCAGAUGAGCCUGUCCGGCGAGGCGGAGGCGGUGCAGGUCCGCGGCUCCGUGCACUUCGCGCUGCACUACGAGCCGGUUGCCUCCGAGCUGCGCGUGCACGUGAUCCAGUGCCAGGGCCUGGCCGCUGCCCGACGCCGCCGCUCGGACCCCUACGUCAAAAGCUACCUCCUCCCGGAUAAGCAGAGCAAGCGCAAGACGUCAGUGAAGAAACGGAAUCUGAAUCCGGUUUUCAACGAGACUCUCCGGUACUCCGUCCCGCAGGCCGAGCUCCAGGGCCGCGUGCUGAGCCUGUCCGUGUGGCACCGCGAAAGCCUGGGUCGCAACAUCUUUCUGGGUGAAGUUGAAGUGCCCUUGGACACGUGGGACUGGGGCUCUGAGCCCACCUGGCUCCCCCUGCAGCCCCGGGUCCCACUCUCCCCAGACGACCUUCUGAGCCGCGGGCUACUCGCCCUGUCCCUCAAGUACGUCCCCGCCGACUCCGAGGGUGCUGGACUGCCCCCGAGCGGGGAGCUGCACUUCUGGGUGAAGGAGGCUCGGGACCUCCUGCCGCUGCGGGCAGGAUCCCUGGACACUUACGUACAAUGCCUGGGCUUUCGCCACUGAGCAGGGGUGAAGGGGACGGUUUGAGCAAAGGCCUGGAGUCAGGAAAGUUGAGGACACCUUUGAGAAGCUGCAUUUCAGUGUGACUGCCGCCUGUAGGACUUGUUGAAAAGCUGAGGCUGAGGGCUGCAGGGGUCCUUCCACAGAGAACCUGAGAGGGCAGGCUGUGGGGCUUGGCCCAGAACUUAUAGUUCAGUGGUCUUCAAAGUAAGCUUCCAGGGGACUUCUAGGGGUGCCUCCAGGUGCUGCCCCCACCUUUAGAUAGUGAAAUGGCGGUGGGCCGAUCACUUCUGGGUGUCCACCCUGAUGCAGCCAGAGGCGUUCUUUCUUUCAGGUAUUGUACUUCUGAGCAACACUGUAUUUUGCCCGGCGGGGGGGGUUCCCAGGCUUUGAAAACCUUGGAAACAGGCCAGCCAUGGUGGCUCACGCCUGUAAUCCCAGCACUCUGAGAGGCUGAGGCAGGGGGAUCACCUGAGGUCAGGAUUUCUAGACCAGCCUGACCAAGAUGGGUGACACCCCGUCUCUACUAAAAGUACAAAAAAUUAGCCAGGCGUAGUGGCGGGGGCCUGUAAUCCCAGCUACUUGAGAGACUGAGGCAAGAGAAUCACGGGAACCUAGAAUGCUGUAGUAAGCCAAGACCAUGCCACUGCACCCCAGCCUGGGCAAAACAGAGUGAGACUCUGUCUCAAAAAAAAGAAAGACAGAAAGAAAGAAAGAAAAACCUUGGAAACUGCUUGAGGAGGGGUGGUGGUGGAGCAACAGGGAGAUAAUGAAAGUCACUGAGCCAGCGAGAGUAGCAGAAUUGCAUUUCAGAGACAUUGCUCUGCAGCCCUGUGAAUAGGAGUUGUAACUUUGUCUUUAUUAUUAUUAUUAUUUUUAAGACGCAGUCUC